UUCAAUUUUAUAUGGGAACAGCUUUUCAAUCACAUAUUGUUUGUGUUGAGAUACAUGUAGAAUCAAUUAAGAUCAUUUUAAUAGUACAUUACUUCAAACAUAAGUGAAGUGAUCACUGUGUCCUUGGAUAGCUUCAUUUGUCAAAAGUGAUAACUAUCCUUGACUAUAAUGUGAUGAAAGUAAAAGAAAAAUCUAUCUGCUUGUUGAGGUGAGUUCACAAGAUUUAAGGAAGUAAAAUUAAUGGCAACCUACUGGCAUUAAAAUUGGGGUCCAUAUUUAUUAUGUUUGUUGUCUGAGGAUGCUUUCUCUUCUUAUUUAUAUGCUAUAAUACUUGCCAUUCAUUCUCCAAUCUUCACACUAAAUUCCUUCAGCUUUUGGCUUCCAAUCCAUGGCGCUUCGUCCUGUUGCAGUGCUGCUUUUUGCUGUGGUUCUUUCAGGGAUUUUUCAGCUGUCGAGAUGCCAAGUCCUCAAAGGGAACCUCACUUGCCUUGAUUGCAGUAGCCAUUAUGACUUCUCAGGCAUCAAGGUUUUAGUGAAGUGUGCUAAUGUGAAAAGGUUAGCUGCAAGUACAACAAAAAGUCAGGGCUCCUUUGAGGUUGAGCUUCCUUCAGGUAGUAGCUCAAGAACUUCAACUACUCCAUUGAAUUGCCUAGCCAAGCUUAUUGGUGGUUCAAGCCAGAUCUAUGCGUCAAGGAAGAACAUGGUGUCCAAGAUUGUGAAAAUCCAAGAUUCUAGCUCAUACACUAUCUCCACUCCUCUUGUCUUUUCCACUACCUCCCCUGUUGGGAAGCUAAAAAACAUAGGUUCCUCCAAGACAAUUGAUCUGCCUGUCCCAAGGGAGUGGGGCUUAGCACCUUCUAGCUUUUAUACUCCCUUCUUUCCUAUAAUUGGAAUCCCUUGACUAAUUACUGUUUGAUAAAUGUAAUGCCACCAAAUUUAAUGGCUUAACUAUGCAGUUGUUAUAAAAUAUAUGUGUGGCUUAGCGUA